AUGGGUUGCGGAAAUUCCAAAUCGACCAUCAAAGUAGUAGCAGAGAAUGAGGGACAGGUACCAGAAACUCCUCGGCACAAUGAUGCUCCAACUUCUGCUGCAUCAGAUCCUCAACAACAUCUUUCAACAACUUGUGUCAAACAAGGAAAGAAGGAACAGGGCUAUUGCUACUUCUUUGGUCUUGAUGCUGCCUCAAAGGCCAACCUCACUGAAGGUAAUAAGGACAUGAGAGAAUUAUUGGGAGGAAAAGGAGCUAAUUUGUGUGAAAUGUUAAAUUUGGGAAUUAAUGUUCCUCCUGGAUUUACUGUGAGCACGGAGGCUUGUGAGAAGUUCUCCUCUCAUAACAAUAUCCAUGAGGGCGAUGAUUCAAAGGGCAAAGAGAGAAAUCUUCCUGAUGAAAUCAAAACUGAGGUUGAUGAAUAUUUGAAGAAAUUGGAACUAGUUUCGGGUAAGAAAUUUGGAGAUUCUCAACAGGGUGAUGAAAAGAUUCUCUUACUGAGUGUCAGAUCAGGUGCUGCAGUUUCAAUGCCAGGCAUGAUGGAUACAGUUCUUGACCUGGGAAUUUGUGACAAGAAUAUUCAUCAAUUAAUUCAAAACUUUGGAGGAAAUGAGAGAUUUGCUUGGGAUUCUUAUAAGAGUCUCGUUCAAAUAUUUGGUGAAGUUGUGAUGGGCGUGAAGAAUGAAUGUUUUGAGGACAAUAUUAAGAAACAAAAAGAAAAGCGAGGAAUUUCAUCAGACGCUGAAUUAAAUCUUGAAGAAAUUCAGCAAAUUGUACAGGAUCACAAGCUCACUAUUUUUGAGCAAACUGGUGAAGAUUUUCCUCAAGACGUGUAUCAACAAUUGUACAGAGCCAUUAUUGCCGUUUUCAACAGUUGGCAUAACUCUAGAGCUAUUCAAUACAGAAAAAUUCAUUCCAUUACCAAGCUCAAAGGAACUGCAGUUAACAUUCAAUCCAUGGUGUUUGGAAAUGUUGAUGAAAAGUCCGGUACUGGUGUUUGCUUUAGUAGAAAUCCAUCCACUGGUGAGAACAAGUUUUAUGGCGAGUACAUGACCAUGGCUCAAGGAGAACAGCUCGUUGCAGGAACAAGAACCCCAGAGAAAAUUGAAACCUUGGAAACCAACUUCCCUGAAUGUUACAAGCAACUUACUGAAAUUAGUUCCAAAUUGGAAAAGCAUUUCAAGGACAUUCAAGACAUGGAGUUUACCAUUGAACAAGGCGUUCUCUACAUGUUGCAAUGUAGAAAUGGAAAGAAAACAGCAGAAGCAGCUCUUCAAAUAUAUUGUGACAUGAUUGACGAAGGUCUGAUCAAUGAACGAGAAGCCAUUAUGAAAAUUGAUCCUUCUCAGCUCGAUCAAUUGUUGCAUCCCUACUUGGAUCCUGAGGAAAAGAGUAGACAUGUACCUUUGGCUCAAGGUUUACCAGCAUCUCCUGGAGUUGUGGUCGGCAGAAUUGCUUUUACAAGCGAGCAAGCAAUUGCCAUGUCCGCUGACAGAAAGGAGGCUGGUGACGUGAUUUUGGUAAGAGAGCAAACAUCUACAGAAGAUUUAGCUGGUAUGCAUGCUUCUCAAGGAUUCUUGACAAGUACUGGUGGUAUGACUUCCCACAGCGCUGUUGUGGCUCGUCAACAUGGAAAAUGCUGUGUCUCUGGAUGCAGUUUGCUCUAUGUGUCGGGAGAGGACUCGUGUACGAUCAAUGGCGUCUUGUUCAAGCAGGGAGACGUCAUUACAAUUGAUGGAUCAACAGGAAAUGUGUAUGGAGAGGCCUUAAAAACAAGUCAGCCUGGCUUGACCAAUGCUAACUUUGUUCGAAUUAUGGACAUUGAGAAAAAGUAUAGAACCAUGGGAGUUUACGCCAAUGCCGAUAGUGCUGCAGAUGCAAAGAAGGCCCUCCAGUUUGGAGCUGAAGGCAUUGGACUCUGUCGAACUGAGCACAUGUUCUUUGAAAAAACUCGAAUUAUUGAUAUGAGAAGAAUGAUUGUCGCAUCAACUCCAGAAAAACGUAACCAAGCCAUCAGCACCUUAAAGGAAUACCAGAGAGCUGAUUUCCUCAGCAUUUUCCAUGAGAUGGGACCAAGAAAGGUCACCAUUCGUUUGCUAGAUCCACCACUCCAUGAAUUUCUCCCAGAAGAGGAAAAGGACAUUGCAGAGCUUGCUGAAGCUUUGGAAGAAAAUGUUCAUGAAGUCUCUCAACUCGUGGCACAAUUGAAAGAAAAGAAUCCAAUGCUUGGGCAUCGAGGUUGUCGUCUCGGCAUUACAUUCCCUGAAAUUACAGUCAUGCAAGUAGAGGCAAUAUUUGAGGCUGCAUUUGAAGCUGCUAAUAGCAAUGAAGUUAAGGUUGACAUUAUGGUUCCUCUUGUCUCAUCCAUUCAAGAAUUGUUGCAUCAAAAGGAAAUUAUUGAAAAAGUUGCAACCAAAUACUAUGGUUUGAACGAUCACAAGAAGAGUUUGGUUCAUUACCGUGUGGGAACCAUGAUCGAAAGUCCAAGAGCAGUAAUCAUUAGUAAGGAGUUGGCUGGAAUUGCUGACUUCUUCUCUAUUGGUUCCAAUGAUCUCACACAAAUGACCUUUGGUUUUAGUCGUGACGAUAGUGGCAAAUUCAUGAAAAGUUACAUUGAGCACGACUUGCUCGAGCAUGACCCAUUUGAAGUGUUGGACCAGGAAGGAGUUGGAAGAAGUAUUCAAAUGGCCAUUCAAAAUGGACGUGAAGUGAAGAAUCAUCUCACUGUGGGUCUGUGUGGUGAGCAUGGAGGUGAGUCCGAAUCAGUCAAGUAUUUGCAUCGAUUAGGAUUGAACUAUGUCAGUUGUUCACCAUUCAGAAUUCCUAUUGCAAGGUUGGCUGCAGCACAAGAAUCUAUCAAGAACUGGAGAAAGGUCGUAUUUGUGUUAGGAGGUCCAGGUUCAGGAAAAGGAACACAAUGCGCCAAACUGGUUGAACAGUAUAAAUUCGUUCACUUGAGUUCUGGAGACUUGCUGAGAGCAGAAUCUAAGAAGGAUACCGAGCAAGGACGAAUGAUUGAUUCUUACAUGAAAGAAGGCAAGCUCGUACCAGGUCAAGUGACCAUUAAUUUGUUGAAACAAGCUAUUUUGGAGCAUCCAAACAAGAACACUACCUUCCUUGUGGAUGGAUUCCCUCGUGAAAUGCAUCAAGCUUAUGACUUUGAGCAAUUCAUUUGUAAGGGCAUGUUUGUUCUGUUCUUUGAGUGCCCAGAGGAAGUUCUUGAGAAGCGUUUGUUGGAGAGAGGUAAAACUUCUGGCAGAACUGAUGACAACAUUGAGAGUAUCAAGAAGAGGUUCAAGACUUUCCUUUCUCAAAGCUUGCCAGUAGUGGAGCAUUUCAAAAAGACUGAUCGAGUACGAACUAUUGAUAGUACAGGAACUCCAGAAGAAGUGUUUGCUCAAGUCUGUAAAUUGUUUGACUAG